AUGUCUCUGAGAUCCAUCCAGAAACGCAUACAGUCAUAUGGAAACAUCAAUAAAAUCACCUCGUCCCUGAAACUCGUGUCAGCUGCCAAAUUGGCCAAGACCGAGCGCCUGUUGAAGGACGUACGUCCGUUUGGCCAUGGUACUCUAUCAUUUUAUAAACAUUACACACACAUCAACAUGCUCGACCACAUUGAAAAUCAUCUCAUAUUUGCCAUCACGUCUGAUCGAGGUCUAUGUGGCGGCUUACAUACGGAUGUCGUGAAAAAAGUUAAACAAGAACUGGACAGACCUGAUCAAAAACUUGCAAAAGUCGUAUGUGUUGGUCAAAAAUCAGAGGAAUUGUUAGCAAGGACGCAUAAAUCCAAUAUUUUAUUCACAGCUUUCAAAAUAGGAAAAGAUAAUCCCACAUUUCUAGAAGCUUCAAAAAUAUUCAAUGAAUGUAAUUACGCAGAAUUUAUUGCUUGCCAGAUAUAUUACAACCAUAUUAUUACUAAAGGCACGUCAGAAGUUGAUUGGAUCCCUAUUUAUAACACAGACUUCUUUCUCACAGUAGCUCAUAUUGCUGGUUUAGAAGAAGUAGAAGAAGAAAAUAUGAGAAGUUAUAUUGAAUUUUCUACUGUUUCACUUUUAUUUUUUGCCAUGUUAGAAAAUACCUUAUGUGAACAUUCUGCUCGUAUGAUAGCUAUGGAUGCUGCUUCUAAAAAUGUUAAGUCAUUGAAUGAAAAAUUAUCUUUGGAAUAUAAUCGCAAAAGACAAUUUAAAAUCACGUCAGAUCUUAUUGAUAUUGUUUCUGGAAGUCAAGUUGUAACUGAAAAAUAA